CUCGGUUCCAUUGCACUAAAGACAAGCAGCAUUUCGUCAUCUUCCACUCUCUCUCUCUCUCUCUCUCUCUCUCUUCAAUCGCUCCCGUCUGCAGCCUGUACCUCUCUGCAACUUUCACACCGGAAGACGCACAUCACAAGCAGGUCCUCUCCAUCUCUCCAAUCCCCACUCCUCCCACCAAACACAUUCUCCAUUUCAAUCUCUGCUCUCUCCCCCCCUUCCCGAAUGAUUGAAUGAUCUUUUCCAAUUUCACCCUCUAAUCCACCAACCUACAGUCAAAUCUUUCACCCUCCCAACCAUGGUCAAAUCACGGUGAAAAGAAAAAAAACAGGGGAAACACAGGGAGAUGGACUCGGAUAGACCCCAUCGCACGACAAGUAUCAAUAGCAGCAACAGCAACGCUACUGGCGAGCUCUUUAUUUGCUUCACGUCCCGUCUCUCGUCUUCUUCUUCUAUGAAGAUCUCCAAAUCCAUCCUCAGCCCAGGUCGAGCCAGAGACCACCAAACCCCCCAGAUCUCGCUCUCCUCCUCUCUGAGCAGGAGGCUCAAGAGCAACGGCAGCUUGAAAGGGGCAGGCCAAGCUUCGCCCAUGUUCCCCACGAAUGGGAAGAAACGUGGGUCCACUUUCGAGAACCCGGAGCCGUCGUCUCCCAAGGUGACCUGCAUUGGGCAAGUGAGGGUCAAGACCAAGAAGCAGGGCAGGAAGCUGAGGGCUCGCACGAAGCGCGGUGGUGCAGGUGGGGAGGUCAGUUUCAGGAAGCUCGAGAUCAGUAAUGGCGCGACGAGCACGGAGGCAGCGCAGAGCUUCUACUUCCAGAACCAGCAGGGCAACAACCAAGAGGGCUUGCCUCACAGAAACCAGAGGUGGGUCCACUUCCCCGUGACGAUCUGCGAGGCCUUGAGGACUUUCGGUGCGGAUUGGAACUGCUUCUUGCCGUGCAGAUCGUCAUGCAUGUCCAAGGAAGAGAAGACAGAGGGAGGGGCUAACAGUGGCGAGCAUGGCGAUUCGGGUAAUCAUAACAGUAGUUCCUGCGGAGCUGUGAUUGCAAGGUGGCUUGUAGCGUUGCAGGAAGGAGAGGGUAGAGGCAGAGAAGUGGAGAUAAUUGUUGGAGAUGAAGAGAGGACAACGGCAGCUGCGGCUGCGGAUGCAGCGGCAGUGGAGAACGGUGAGAGUUACAGGAGGAGGGCCUUUGAGGGGAUCGAGUUUGGCGAAGAAGAAAUACGCAGAGCGAAGAGUGAAGUUGAGGAAGACGAUGGAGGAGGGAGAGCGAGCGUUUGUGUUCCACCCAAGAAUGCGCUCUUGCUCAUGAGGUGUAGAUCUGAUCCUGUGAAAAUGGCUGCUCUCGCUAGCAGGUUCUGUGAGGCUCCUCCGGUUGUAGUGGACGAUAAUGAUGAAGAUGAGGUUCAGAGUGAGAACUUUGUCGCAAGUGGCCGCAAAAAUGAGGGAGUUGAAGUGAAGAGAGGUGGUGAAGUCGAGCAUGAAAUGGAUGAUGAUAAAGAAGAGGAGGUGAGUGAGAAGUGGGCUUCUGCUGAAGCUAGCUUGGAGAGUAGAGUUCUCGGAGAGUCGAGUUUGACCGUGGCGGAAAGAGAGGAGGACGACCAAGAAGUGAACCACGUGGUCAAUGUGCUGGGGGAAGAAUUAGACCAGAAGAUCAUGGAAGAAGAAGAUGAAGAAGAAGUCAAGGAGGUGCUAGUGCUAGAGGAAGAAGAAGAAGGUGAAGAGAAGGAGUUAAUGGAGGUGACUAAUCAGGUGGCGACAAUGCAAGAAGCAGAGCAAAGGUGUUUCGCAGUCCCAGACGGAGAAAGCUCGCAGCUUUCAGUGCAAGAUCACACUUACACUGAAGAAGGCGAAGCCCACUAUGAGCAUGGAGCUGAAUCAGAUGAUGAAGAUCAUGAUAAUGAUGUAAUGUCCGUACAACUAAGUCAAGAAUCGGAAGGAGAGGAAGAACAUGAAACAGAGUCAGAGUUUCACGAUGAAGCUGUAGCUCUAACAGAGGAGGCUCUUGGCCUGGACCCAGAAACCCAAGUGACCGUCCCCCCCAGGAGAUCCCAAUCCGAUCGCCUGAAGCCGCCGCGGCCCGAGAUGAAGUUGACGGAGAGAGAGGGAAGUCAACAGAAGUCAGUUCUGCCGGAUUGCUUGCUCUUGAUGAUGUGCGAACCCAAGCUCUCAAUGGAGGUCUCCAAGGAAACAUGGGUCUGCAAUACGGACUUCAUUCGAUGGCUACCGGAAAGGCACGCCGGCAAAGCCCCGUCAAGACCGAUGGUGGCAAGGACGAGCCCAAGAAAAGGUCCGGCAAUGCGGAAUCCAAGCGCUGCUUCAGCUCUCACGGCUCAGCAAGCCCACAUUCUGCAGCAGCCGCGGAGGAACUCCUGUUCCUUGCCGCCAAAAGCAGCGGCAGCAGCUCGAGCCGCAGGCGCUGGCGCUGAGUCGAUGGCCACAAUGAUCGAGCAGAAGCUGGAGAGCGCCAAGGCUUACGAGCCGUUCGUCCUCACAAGAUGCAAGUCUGAGCCAAUGCGGUCGGCAAUGAAGCUCGCUGCGCCGGAUGCUUGCUUUUGGAAGAACAGGAAGCUCGAGCCGCAUCGCCCGGCCACGCACGGGGUCAAGGCGGCUGGGGUUGGCGUCUGAACCCGGUUUGAUCGAUGGUUGUAUAGGUAAUUCUGCUAGAAACUAUGGAAGUUAAUGAAUUUUUUUUUUUCAAACUUUUGGUCCUCUGUUUUUUGUUGGUUCAACAAAGUUUGUGAAAUGGGGUAGCUUCAAAAGUGUAGUUUUUUGCAGGUUAUUUCGCUGCUGUAGCUUCUCUGUAAAUUUUCUCUUUUGGGUCUAUUGAAUGAGUUCAUUUUCCUUCCAUCUUAAUCAUCGACCUUGAUAUGAAUUUCUAUAGCAUUGCUUUACUUUUCAA